CCACAGGCCCUGGCACUUCUGGGAUAAUAUCAACUACUGGCACACAAUCAGGCACACACACACAGCACAGCACAACCAUUCCUUCCUCUUUCCCGACAUCCACCACUCUCCCUCACACAACAAUGACCACCUCAUCUGUCCCUUCCAGCUCACAAACAUCUUCUACUACACUCACCACGGCGACCGUGAAGGGUACCACUGGAACCACGCCAACGGGGACACCCUCCCACUCUACACAAACAACCACAACUUUAUCUCCCACAGCCUCGAGUCAGAGCACAACUCGAGCCUCAUCUACUGGUCCCAACACCUCUUCAGUCACUCCACCUAAACACACAACCACUGCACCCAUUUCUAGACCCUUCACCACAACUACAAGCACAACUAGCACAACCAUUCCCCAAACUGGUUCUGUCCCUACAGGGACCACCAUAAAACCUACAGGCCCUAGCACUGCUGGGAUAAUGUCAACAACUGGCACACAAUCAGGCACACACACACAGCACAGCACAACCAUGCCUUCCUCUUUGCCGACAUCCACCACUCUCCCUCACACAACAAUGACCACCUCAUCUGUCCCUUCCAGCUCACAAACAUCUUCUACUACACUCACCACGGCCACCGUGAAGGGUACCACUGGAUCCACACCAACUGGGACACCCUCCCACUCUUCACAAACAACCACAACUUUAUCUCCCACAGCCUCAAGUCAGAGCACAACUCGAGCCUCAUCUACUGGUCCCAACACUUCUUCAGGACCACCAUAA